AUGGCGGGGUCAGGGGAGGCGCAGGCAGCCGCUGGCGCGGCGCAGGCGACGCCCGUACUUGGGGAGGACCUCGACGAAACGCAAAAGUGCAAGGCGGCGGCCCUGGAGGCGGCCAAGACGGAGCUGCUUGACUUGGCGUCCACUGGCUCCAUGAGGGAGCUCGGGUUGGCCGAGGUGCCAAACGAUGAGAUGACUGUCGCCAUUUCCAGAGGGCGGUGCGCCGCUAGCAAAACUAAACGCGCCCUGGUGAACGCUGUUUAUGCCCGGGCUGUCAAGUUCCAACAGGGCCUUGAUCAGGCAGGUCCGUCGGGCUUGGCGCUGAAGUACAUGACUGCAUCGAGGCUUUGCUCUAUCCGCGGUUGGAAGAUGGCACCCCCUCGAACCCAGGAUUUGACGGUGAAUCCCGACGGCGUGGUUAACUUCAGCUGGGACGAUGCCAUGGAGCAGGCCCGCUUGCUGAGGGCUGAGAGGCCCCAUUGUUUUCAGGCUAAUUUCAACGCUGCCAGGUCUGCGAUAUCGCAGCAUAACUCGCCGCGCGUAGCGCUGCGGCUCGGUCAAGAGCUGAGCGCGUGGGCUCUGGUGCUUGAGCUCGCGCACUGCAGGCGCCCAGUCCCGGGCGGAGAGGGCAGCCAAGAGGGCGGCUUCGCAGGCUCGGUCGCGGUGGAAGGUGCGUUUCAGGCAACCAUCAUGGACUUCGGCUGGAGAUGCCCGUCCAUCUCGCGACUGGUGGAGCCCAGCCGUGGCGAAUGGGCCCUCCAGGACAUGCUCGACAAGAUGCGGGGCAUCCGCUUCUGCGUCCUGGGCAUCUUCGCGGCGGCCGUGGGCCGCUUCGCGACCGGGGACCCCCCGAUCACGGAGCUCCUGUGCGGGAUCACCGGCGUCUUCCUGCUGAAGGACGACGAGAACCUGACGGCCUGCUACAGCUGCCUGAUGAGCACCCCGCUCGAAAACUGCGCGGGGCCGGCAGGUGGUGGUUUCGGUUGCCUCCAGUCCUUCCUCUUCAUCUCUGGCUUCAACUCCAUCCUGAUGCUGCUCAAUUUGUCGUCGAGGUGGCAGCAGGGCACGUCGCACGGCGGGCCGUUCGCGCUGCUGUCGCUGAUCUUCCAGGGCUUUGGGGCCGUGUACGCCUGGCGCCUGAGCACGCUCGUGACGGCCGCCCAGGCGGAGCAGGGCGGCGCCCAGGAGAUGCUCAGGCGGCCCCUGCGCCGGGCCGGGCGGGCGCGGCACCGCCCCGGCGGCUUUUGUCCGGCGGUUUUUUCGUGCACGCCGGUCGUGUUGAGAGUGCAGCCAGCUAGUGUAGUGAGGAUACGCGGCCACGCGUAGAGGGGGG